AGGGACAGGGACUCUGAUAGGGAUAGACAGGGACAAUGAGGCUUUUAGGCAGAGGCAGAUAGGUAGAGACAGGCAGAUAAGAAGACAAUGAGAAGCAGAGAAAGUGAGGAGAAAGCACGAGAUUUACAGAAAAUAAGGAGACGGGACUGAAGAAGUGACGGGAUGAGUGACAGAGCGUGACAGCAGGAAUGAUAAAGCGCUGCAGUGGGGAAGAAAUUAAUCUUUAUAGACAAAGGCUCUGGAGAAGUAGCAGCGAGGAGGAGAUACUGCAGCAAUGCCAGGGAAUGGGAUAGACAGACUGCAGCAGUGAUAGCAGAGACAGAGAGAGAGAGGCUGCAGCAGAGAGGGAGGGAGACAGAAGGAAAAGGGAGGGAGAGAGAUUGCAGAGGAGGCAGAGAAGGAGCCACAGGCAGAGAUUUAAAGAGCAAGACGCAGGCUGAAGUGUAUUACUGGCCACUGCUUUCCCUCUGAGACACUUCUGAGACAUUACUGCUACUGCUGCUACAAUAAAAUAACAAAGAAAAGGAAGGAAAGUGAGAGACUGCUGCCAUCCUGCCCCGUCAUUCAGGAGCUGCACCCUGAGCAGAACUUGACAGCACCCAAGUCUGGGCAAAUGAGAGGAGACAGCACCCGGUCCAGGAGUGAGGGCAAGACAUGCCAUCUGUAACCUUGGGAAUGGAGAGAGACUGCGUCCAAUAAAGCCAAGAAUACCCAGCGAGCACCGUAAGCUGCGAGACUGCUCAACUAGACCGUUGCAGAGGGGACAAUGUGCUGAUGACUUACCUGGACCCAGUCCAACCCACACUCAGCGCAGGAGGGACGGCCGUCGGGGGGCUCUUUAUUUUGUAAACACAGAAAGAGGUCAAAAGAUCUCAGAAGUAGACAAGAAGAAUAACUACUUUGUAUAUAUAGAUAUUCAGCAUAUCCCGGUGGAUACUGUUCUAUGGGAUUCAAUGCUAUAAUUAAGCCAAAGGCACCUUUAAAGAGUCCCAUCGAGCUUGUUAUCUUCUCAAAGGGACUUUAUUAAAAGCAGGAGGGUCGUCAGAAAGGGACUUUACGGACUGUAGUUGAACAGAGACUCCUUCGAUUUCUUUUUCUUUCUUUUUUUGAAUUCGCCGAGCAGAGUCGGGAUCUCAGUGGUCAUCAUGACGGAAAUCACUGAAAGCGACCCACAAAAUACAGAGCAGAGACCCCUGGGGAGCAGCAUCGGAGGAGGUUGUGGUCUGCCUGAGAGUAAGCUUCAGCGUUUUCGCCGUUCUAUCUCUCUGAAGACAAUCCUACGCAGUAAGAGCGUGGAAAACUUCUUCCAGAGACCACUCAGUGAAUCCAAAAUACCUUCUGAUGUCCUUCUCAGCCCUCCUGCCCCUCCACCUCCCCCUUCCCCACCUCCAGUCCCCAGUGAGGUUCUUCCCCAAACUGAACAGUCCCCACACCCUUGUCACAAGCCCCUCUCUGUCCUGCAACCUGUCCAAACCCACAGUUUCCAUGAACACGUCUUCAAGAAACAGUGCCCCUGCCACUUGUGCCAUCAGAUCAUUGUCGGAAACUCCAAGCAAGGCCUACGCUGUAAGAUGUGCAAGAUUGGGGUCCAUCUGUGGUGCUCGGAGGAAGUGUCUCAUCAGCAGUGUCUGGGGAAGAUGUCUACAUCUUUCCGACGUAACUUCAGCUCUCCUCUCCUGAUCCAUGAAACUCAGUCCAGCCCAAAGGAAAUCCCACAGCCUGCCCCUGGUCCAAGAGGUAAGGUGGACCCUGUGUAUGAGACGCUGCGCUAUGGCACCUCCCUGGCUCACUUUAACCGCUCCAGUUGCAGCAGUGUGUCAGAGUCGCCCACCCGCAGUCUGGGCGAGCGGGAGGAGCGGCUGGAGGAUCCGGAGGGCAGCAUUAGAAGUAGUGAAGAAAGUCCCAGUCACCCAGUGUUUCCAGCAGAGAGCGAGGCUGCUGUAGGUGAAGAUGCCCGCAGUGUGUCUAGCUUAGCGGUUGCAGGCCGCCCCCGUAAGGAGAUCUCUCCUAUGUAUUGCUAUGUGGCCCUCUACAAGUUCCUUCCGCAAGAAAUCAAUGACCUUCCACUGCAGCCCGGGGACAGAGUUAUGGUGCUGGAUGACUCCAAUGAGGAUUGGUGGAAGGGGAAAUGUGGGGACCGGACCGGAUUCUUUCCUGCAAACUUUGUGCAGAGGGUGCGUUUGGGGGAGACCGUUUGGAAGAGCACAAAACCCUUCCAGGGGAUCAAGGAACAAGGGCAGCUCUGUCUGAAAGAAGGGCAGGUGUGCGUUGGGGUGGUCAAGCCAGAGAUGGAAGUUUUCAUUAAAGUCUCCAGUGGGAAGAAGAAGGGUUUGGUGCCGCAGGAUUGCUUGAUUGAGAUCUGAAUGGUCACUGCUGCUUAUUAUUAUUAUUAUUAUUUUUUUUUUUUUUUUUUUAAUUGGCAAUAAGAACAGUGGAGAAUCAAGGACCCCAGUUUCAAAUGAAUGAGGCACUCUGAAUUUGCUGCUAUACCACCACUUCUAUUUAAAAAAAGGGGGAUAACCCAGCUCCUUAUUACCCUGGCACUGAUACUAUGGCCUUUAAUGCUGCAUUGAGUCUUCCCUUCCCUGUACAUAUGCAAAGAAUAUUCUCUAUAUCUGUGCAUUGGGCACAACUCCACCAGGUGUCUGUGACAUCAUCACUCAGGGCCAACUCUUCAGGGAAAGCCACUUAGUGACCUCAUAUGUGAUAUCAACAGCACCAUCCCCAAUUCCAACCAGCCCUUCCAAUCCAUUGCCUGUGCUCUUCCAACCAAACAGCACCUCAGGAGUUGGGUUAUCUUCUCAAGCACCACCAUGAGCGUUCCAUCCAUGAAGAAGGACAUUCGUUGACGAUGAAAAGGAAGACAAGGACUCUAAUUACGGUUACUUAUCUCUAAAAAGGAAUUGGUGAAGGGUUCUCAACAUCAGCAUGGUGGAAGGGAUGGGGAGAUGUGGAGGGUGGGAUGUGGUUAAUGGGGACUAAUUGGGUGGCAAUAUCAGAAAGGCAUGGAAGCGUUGGAGGAGAAGGUGCAAGGAGCCUGGGAAUAUACUCAUAGAUGAUAUACUAGAGAGGAUAUGCUGAGGCUACAUGUGGAGAGAGGAUGGAUGUGCCCUCACCAGGACUUGCCUAUAUAUAAAUGAGAUAUUAGAUACAUUUCCAUAACCCACUUAGUGUAACCUGAACCGAAUGGCAGCUGACAUAUCAGCACCGUAUCCCUCCCAUGUACAGCAAUGUUAGCGCCCAUGCCUUAAACUAAACCCCAACUGUUCCAGACCCACCUUCUGCCAUUCAUGUCUGCAAAGGGGAAGUUCACCUCAAAAUGAAUUUCUUGCUCUCUGGUUGCUUGGGCCACCGAUCACGGCAACCGUAUAGCAGUUUCAUCAAGACUUGGAGCUUAUGGAAUGGAAUAGCAAGUUCCCCUUCAUGUCUGAUGCAUGUACAAGUGUGUAUAGGUGUGUGUAAGUGUGUAAGUGUGUAAGUGUGUAAGUGUGCUCAGCAAGACUGUCAGUGGACGUUAUUGCAGCCUCACCGCAGACAUGACCUACGUUGACAAGCCCGGCUGACUGUGAUUGGUUGAAAGCAGGUGCCGCGGUGUAAUGACAGUUAUCUCCUUUAUUGUAGUUCAUAUUCUCCCCUAUGGAUUAACUUGUGUAUUUCUUUUUUAGUUCCAUAGUUGCCCCAAGAAGUCAUAUCUAUUCUUCACCCCCUGUUCCCAAUACCCCACACUCUUCCCUGAAUUGUCUCCCCCAUUCCUGCCUCUCCCGCUUGCAUGCCUUAGUCCCCCUCAUUAGUUUCCCUCUUUCUCCCUCAUUCCUCUCUCUCUGUCCGCUCUGUUGCUCCCAUUCAUUCCGCUCCAUUUCUCCGUUUUCUCCUCGGGGCACGUUCUGCUUUUUAAGGGCACGUUUUAUCUUGCCACCGCCGCACUGUAUAGCAGCAGCGAGUAUCUGUCCUGCUUUCCCAUAGUGGCGGGAAAUAAAUGUUAUCCCAAAUAAAUGUGUGCCGGGGGGCGGGGGUGCUUGGGGCCUACUCUGUUCUGCUGUGACAGUCUAAAUGUAACCACAAACAUACACAACCUUUAUUGUUACCCACACGGCAAUAAUGACCCCAGUAGGAGCAAUAUUCUGUUAUUUAACCUGAUUCAAACAUUAAAGUGUUAAUUACC